ACCAUGUGUUCCUCUCUACCAGUUUCAGUUGUGCAUGUAUGUUCUUGCUGCAGAUUUGGAUUCAGCCAGAACCUCCGAAGCAGUGCAUUGCUAUAUUCAGAAACCUGACCUCUGUGUGUCUUUUCGGUAUCUUCUGUGAGUGUGAUCUGAGCUGGACUCUGUUUAUCCUUGAGGCUGCACCUGCCCUACAUGAUUUGGCAUUGUCUCGACAUUCAUGUGUCAAGACGCCCGAGAACAGCGCCGAGAAGACCAACGUGGUGUGGGAGCCAUCCAAGGAUUUGAAGCACCCGAACUUGAAGGUGCUGCAGAUCUUCGGGUGCGGGGAUGAAGACAAGGUGACAAACUAUAUAAGGCUUGUCAUGGAACGAGCUGUGGGGCUUUUGAUAAUUCGGUUGUAUGGUGAAAACCCAUGCACAUACUGCGAUGCCGGCAACCUUGAAAGAUCCCAGGCGGAAAAGGCUGGCAGGCGUCGGAUUAAGGAGCAACUCACACAUGGAUCAUCCUCAUCUGUGGAGGUAAUUAUCUGUUGACGGACAUGGUCAGGGAA